AUUCUAUUUCCUUGGACUUUAUGAACUUGCAUAGUCUCAGACUAUGGUCUCAAACUUGAGCAUGUAGCAGAAUCACCUGUUCAUGAGGUACAGGCUACUGGGCCCCACUCCCAGAGUUUCUGAUUCAGCAGUUGCUUCCUUUCUGUUAGUCUCCUCCCUCCAGCUACCUAGAAAAUGGUUCAGUUAUUGCAGCUUAUAUUUCAGUUUUGACCCCACACAGACCAGAGUCAUGAUGCUGAUAUAGGAGAUACGAUGAAUGAAAUGGCCAGAAAGCAGUUAAGAAGGAUGGUGAGAUGCUGCACCUGCCUUGCAAGAACCAGCUCCUGAGUUUGAUCCCCAGUACCAAAGAUGUUGAGAGAAGAGUCUAGUUAUAUAGAGGCCAACCAGAACCACCAUGUCUGGGACUGAGGAAGCAGUGCUUAGAGGCGGCGACAGCCUUCCUCCUUCUGCUGGAGGCAACUCUGUGCUAUGCUUUGGACAGUGCCAGUACACAGCGGAAGAGUACCAGGCCAUCCAGAGCGCCCUGCGCCAGAGGUUGGGCCCGGAGUACAUCAGUAGCCGCAUGGCUGGUGGAGGCCAGAAGGUGUGUUACAUUGAGGGUCACAAGGUCAUUAAUCUGGCCAACGAGAUGUUUGGGUACAACGGCUGGGCUCACUCUGUCACGCAGCAGAGCGUGGACUUUAUUGACCUCAACAAUGGCAAGUUCUACGUGGGAGUCUGUGCGUUUGUGAGGGUGCAGUUGAAGGAUGGCUCCUAUCAUGAAGAUGUAGGCUAUGGUGUUAGCGAGGGCCUCAAGUCGAAGGCCCUGUCCCUGGAAAAGGCCAGAAAGGAGGCGGUGACGGAUGGCCUGAAGCGGGCUCUCAGAAGUUUUGGGAAUGCACUUGGCAACUGUAUUCUGGACAAAGACUAUCUGAGAUCACUGAAUAAGCUUCCACGCCAGCUGCCUCUUGAAGUAGAUUUAACUAAAGCAAAGAGACAGGACUUUGAACCGUCUGUGGAACAGGCAAGAUACAACAGUUGUCGGCUGAACAUGGCUCUGGGACCCCUAAAACCACAGGAGGUGACCUCCCCUUGCAGAGGAAGCCACACGGGUGACCCCCACAUUGUGCUACAAGGAGAUAAGGCCAGCAGCUCCCGAAGCCUGAGCUCGUCCACUGUGGAGAGUGAUGCCACUUACCAGCGGAAGCUCCGGCAAAAGCAGCUGCAGCAGCAGUUCCGGGAGCAGAUGGAGAAGCAGCCACAGGUUCAGACACUUGCUCCAGCUCCAGUUGAAAAGCAGAGUGAGGCAGCCCUUCCGGUCCCUCCUUUGACACAUAGUACUCCCAUCAGUGCUGUCUCAGAACCACUCAGGGGGAAAGGCAUCCUUGAAGAGAAUCCUGAAGACAACCUUGAAAUGUGGGAUCUGACUCCAGACUUAGAGGACAUCGUGAAGCCUUUGUCUAAACCAGAACCACCCCCGACCUCUGGCACCCCAGUCCUGAACCACCAGAUCCCAUACAGCGUUUGCUGUCAGAAGCCACAAGAAAAGUCUGGACCCUGGCAACCCCAAGUUUACACCACUAACCAGCACAUAUCAGGAAACUGUGAAUCUCAUAGGAAGAGCCAGGACAUGAAGAAAAGGAAAUUGGAUCCACCUUAACCUGAGGCAAUGGAUAUCAUUAGACUCUCACAAAUGGACUUUGAAAAACUGCUUUUGGUCAUGAAAUUGUUCAUCAUUCCUGGGGAAUGAAUUUUAUCUCCAGUUCAUUCUGAACCUCACUCAUCAGAGGACCUGUCAGACCUCAUGCAGAGAAAGCCAAGCACUUUAUAUCCAGCGUGUCACACACAGUGGUGGGGAGGUGAGACAGAUGAAAUACCUUUCCUUUGGCUCUUGAGGUUUUUCAUUGUUUACUCCUAAGCUAUUAUAUUAAUAAAGAUAGACAUUUUUAGGAAUUGCCAA